AUGAAGUAUCCUCUGGUCCCCUUGGUGAAUGAGUUGACCUUUCCUCUUCUUUUCUUCUGGCUUUGUUUGCCUUUUGCACUGCUGUUGGUCUUCAUGAUUAUCUGGCUACAGCUUUUACUUAAUGAAGGUAAGUUCUGCAGUGGAUUGGAGGAAUGCUUUUGCCUAUUGUGCUCCGUGCUUUCUUCCCUCACCUGGAAUCUCACCUGCCAGCUGCUCCAGGUCUCUAACAUCCUGAGGAUUCAGCUGCUGCCAACCUCCCUCAUCAUCUACGUGGCUCAGCUUUUCCUUGUUCUGGCUGACAAAGUUGUGAAAAUCCUGGGCUCCUUAAAGCUGGAAACUAGAAGGCUCUCAGCCUCAACCUAG